UGGCAUGUAUGAAAAAUGAAGUGUUUAUUUUAGAACUCAAUUGAUGCUAGAGAUGAGAGUGGUUAAAGGGUGCUUCCAUUUCAUUGUCUCGUAGGGCUGAUUGAACGAGUUCGUUUGGGCUCAGUCACACUGCAUUCCACACAUUUUUCUGUAGCCUGAACAAAACUUCAAAACAAAAGGAGCUAGAAGACACAGCUGCUAAGCUGGUGUUACAGGACAGACAAGUCUUUUAGCUCUUAUUAAACCAAUGGAGAGCACAUGUACAGUCAUACAGUGUGCCAAUCAAAGCUUCAACGCCAAUGCCUCAGCUGGCAACGCUGGAUGUGAGGGACCCGAAUGGUUACAGGAAGGGGGAAAGAGAAGGACGAAAAGGAGGGGAUGAUGGUGAGGCAAAGAAUGGUGGGGUUAAUGAGCAGAAGUGGUCCUGGAAGAAUUUGCAGUGGGUGCAUCGUACCAGAUGGAUUCAAUAUCUGGCUCUUGUAGCUUCCUUGUGGUCAGUGAUACAGAAAGAGAUACAGAUUCUCCAGAUCGGAGGCUGGCUGAUGCUGGUUUGGAUGCUGUGGAAGGGCCUUAUGCUCUGUGUUUCUCUAUUAAAGUUCCUUUACCAAUGUGGUAUGCAAUAUAAGCAGAAGAAGAAAUUCUCAGAGAACAGUGAGACUGUCAGGAAAAGCACUGUCCAACCUAAUCAGGCGUGUUACAUCAAUCAGCAAGAUGCAGGUCAUAUGCUAUUAUUGGUGAGGGCUUUACUGGAUGGCUUGGUGGUCUCUCUUCUCCAGGAACAAGUGUCAGAUCCAAGGGUUUCCCAGAUACAAGGCCUUCUCUCCAAACUGGAGGCAGUGUCUCGAGUAUUAACAGGGGCAGUAAACAAUAGUGUCCCUACUGAAGAGCAACUGCGGCAGACCGAUAAUGAGGAGGACAAAGUGAUUAAGAAUAAAGUAGAAGACAGAGUGAAAUAUAUUUGCACAUACCUGCAGGAGAGAAUGAGCGCUCUGCAUUUUCUCCUUCAGACCCAGGAUCAGUAUGGGUUAUGCAUAGCUAAUGUUCAGCAGGAGUUGCAGGAGUACUGGGAGCUACUAGAGGAUUUGCACACUAAAGUAACUCUGCAGCCAGAAAAGUGCCAGGGUCCAGAGGAUCCUCACACUGUCCUCACUGACACUGAGGGUUUAUACACAAAGCUGGGCCUGUUUCAGAGUAGGAUUCAUGAAUGUCAGAUGCUCCUGAGCACAAGCACACAUCUACUCGAGGAGUUGGAAAAUAGGUUACAGGCUCUGGCUCAGACUAUGGGCCUAACGCAGAAGUCUGCUUGGACGAAAGAUCUUUUGCAGUGUAACACUCAACAGUUUAAAAAAGUCUUCAAGGAUUUCACAUCCCUGGCGCAACAGACUCAAACCUUUGAGAUGCAUCUGCAAGACCUAAGUGUGUCACAAGAGAAAAACAGCAUUAAAUCAUCUGAUGUGGAACACAUGCAGAGCUACUUAUCACAUCCCUCAUCACUUCCUGUGUACAGUAUCGCUCUGCCGAAUGAAGAUACCUCCUUGGAGCAUGAUCCAAGACCCCUACACACACCCAGCUCAAAAUUCUCAAUGAUAAACUUGCUUUGCGGGGUGAGACGACGGAGGUGAACUUUGACCUGAAAUGAGUGAAUAAUAUUGAAUAAUAUUGUGUAAUGGAUAUCAAAAUGUUCUAAAUGACUUUGAAUGUAAAAAUGCUUUAUUUAUGAGUUGUGAAAGUACAUACUUGCUGCUCAAUAAUUAAUUAAAGUACAAGAGUUCCAGAUAUUCUCCAUUAUUUUAUCUUUAGGUUAAUGUAUCAAAUGUUCGAG